AGAAAAAGAAAAAAAAACAAAUUUUCUUUUAUUUUAUUUCUUUCUCUCACAGCAACAACACCAACAUCAACAACAACAUGAUAUGUCCUUCUUUUCUGCUUCUUUGUCUUUCUCCUCAGCUUGAUAUUUUAGAAAUACAACACAAAACCCAGAACCUUCCUCUCUCUUUCUUCACAUUCUUCUUUCAAGAACUUCCUCUGCAUCUUUCUCCAUAUCUCCUUCUGUGAUUCUGUUAAUAAUAACACAUCUUGCGUUCAUCUGAUGAAUCCAACUCACGCCGAGUUUAUUCCCACCAACCCUAGUCCUUUUGAGGAUCCGAAAGUCAGACUUAGGCAUCAUGCCCUUUUGCAAGACUAUCAAGAACUGCAUAUGGAUACUGAAGCAAUGAUAAUUAAGUUACAGACAUUGCGGGAGAGAAAGGCAACACUAAUGUCAGAAGUCCGAUUUCUGCGGCGGAGAUACAGAUAUUUGAGACAAGAAGACCAGCCUGUUAUGGAGCCGCCACCAGAUGUCAAAAGGGGCAGAGGAAGAUCAAAUGGUUGUGGGAAGAAGAGUAAGAGAAGUGAAGCAGAAACUAGACAUGUUUCGCUUCCUGACUUGAACCAGUACACGGAGAACAUUGAAACCAAAACAAGUCUUGAGAAAAGAGUUCCGUUGUUUGAUCUAAACCAGAUAUCUGGAGAAGAAGAAGAGGAAGAAACAGAAGCAGCGAAGAAUAGUGAAGGGAGAAUGAGAGUGGAAGACAAUAAGAGAAUGAGCAUCAUCGAGAUGCAGCAGCAGAAGAGAGAGAUGAAUCUAUCGUCUUGCAGGAAUGGAGGAAACGGAUCAAAUAAGAGGAAAAUUUCAUGGCAAGAUCCUGUUGAAGCUCUCAGAGUCUAAAAAAGUCAAAAGAAUACUUUUCUUCUUCCGCAAGUCAACGUGUCUUGUAUCAUAUAGCUUCGCAUCAGUUUAGCUUAUCUAAAAAAGUUUUAUCCAAUUGUGGCUUGAAACUUGAAAACCUUAUCCCCAGUCCCCUGGUCCAUUCUUUGAAGUGGCCCCCCUUUGAGAAGAGACAUUUGUAUAUUGGAACAUGUGUCCUUUAACAAAUCGACGGAAGUGAUCCAUAAGAGCAA